CAGAAGUCCCUCUGAAGGAGUCUCUACAGAGCAGCAUUAGGAAGAUGAGGACCUUACUACUUCUUGCUGCCAUGUGCAGCGUCUGCUUGGCUUUACCUUAUAAGAAAUUACAAAAAACUUUGGAGAAAACGGAGAGACAAGGUGCCACAACAGACGAUAGAACUGUGACCGAUCUGAUUUAUGAAGCCAAUAAUAAAGGACCAAUAGUCUUUGGGGAAUAUGUCGUUGGGGAUUUGGACAUCGCUUACAGUCAUAAAAGGGCUGGUAAUGGAUGCCCCAAGGACAUCUGCCUGUGGGGAAAAUCCUACGAUGGAAAAGUUUAUAUUCCAUACGUUAUAUCCAGCGACUACAGUGACUCUGAAUCACAAGUAAUACAGUCUGCAAUGAAGGACAUCGAAAGCCUCACAUGUAUCCGUUAUAUCAAGCAGACAUCAGAGGUCGAUUACCUUAGCUAUCAACCUAAGAAUGGAUGCUGGUCUAUGGUUGGAAGAAUCGGAGGUCAACAGACUGUCUCUUUGGAUUCAUCAGGCUGUGUAUCGAAAGGAAUCGCCAUCCACGAAUCCCUACAUGCCCUAGGUCUCCACCAUGAGCAUAUGAGGAACGACAGAGAUGGCUAUGUGAAUGUCCUGUGGAAUAACAUCCAAGACGGCCUUGCAUAUGCUUUUAAUAAGACUGAUACCUACAACAUGGAUCUCACCAAAUACGACUAUGGCUCCAUCAUGCAUUAUUCCAGGUAUAGCUUCAGCAAAAAUGGCAUGCCUACACUGCAAGCUAUUCCCGACAACGGUGUCAGUUUUGGACAGAGGUUUGGCCUGAGUAGUUUGGACAUCACAAAAAUCAAUUCCCUGUACAGCUGCUCAGAUGGCCCGACAAACACCAUGACAACUCCAACUCCAACUCCAACUCCAACUACGGUCUUAUCCAAUGCUUGUAAUGGCAUGGUGAUGUUGACGGCUCCACAGGGAGUUAUCACAUCCCCCAACUUCCCAAACAACUACACCAAUAAUGCCUACUGUUACUGGAACAUCAUCACCACCAACUCUCGGUUAAACAUCACCUUCACAGAUUUUGAUAUAGAUGGUGACAUGAACAGCUGUACUACUGAUAAGCUUCAGAUCUUCAAAGGAAAGUAUUUGUUUGCCGCAUACCUGAAUCUCUUUUGUGGGCCGACAGUGCCACCUUCCAUUAUUCUCCAGGGGAAUGCCAUGCAGGUCAUCUUCAUCAGUGAUUCCGCUGUCUCUAGGAAAGGGUUUAGACUUUUAUAUCAACCAGCAUAAUAUCUGAAACCCUGACUUCUUAAAACUCUCCGGACUGAUUUUGCCGUACUCUGGAGACAGGAGGUGGAUGACAAA